ACCAGGAAAAAGCCUGGAUGACGGAAUGGGGGUUUUGCGGGAGGAUAUGCGGAGGUGAGUUUGUGAUAUCGAGCCGUCUUUUGUCUCAUGAGGACCUGGCCCUUCCAUUGAUUUCUGAUAUGACCAGAUUGUGACUACCGGCUCAGGCUUACAGCGUUACUAGACUGCCUGGCGACUUGCACCGAUGAUAGCCGCACCGAAACUCGCUUCUUGUGAGCGUUGAUGACUGUCCUCCCGGGGCCAGUGCCCUCGUGAUGCCAAAAACAGGGCGGUGCCCAGAGGCUCGUGCUUCCCAUAUGCACGACAUCGAGAAUCGCCAUUGUCGAUUGUUCCUGACGCUAUUUGGCUCCUCCCUUGCUUUACCGCCUCUCUGGGGAGGGCGGACUUGCAGCGAACCACUUAGCGGCUGGAUGCACACGCUUAGACACUUGCAGAUGGAUCGUUGGGGCGCACGGCGCCUGUGGGACCCUAAGUUUGCAUCGUUGUCUUUGAAGUUCUGGAAAACCCCCCAGCCACCUCCAUUAUGCAAGGCACCACCAAGCUUCUCGCUCUUGGCGCCUCGAGAAAGGGAAGGCCAAAGCGUGAUCGCGAUUGACUUCACUUCAACGUGGACACCAAGAAGUGAGGGAAUUUUUGCAAAAGUCCAACAAUCGACUUCGUCAGCCCUCCUCCUGGCAUCAACAGUUGUGUGCGCCGGCUCUGUCGGAGGUAGUCAUCAACUGUGGGUCGGGAUCUUCGGUGAUGAGCUUCGAGGCGCCGGCCGGCGGCGCGUAGAGAAGCGCCUUGUGUCUCGUGUGGGCAGCACCCAACGCCGUACAGACUGAGGCGGAUGGUUGUGAGGCUCCAUGGGGACUCGUGCAAGUUGUCCUUCUCCCAUGUUACCAGGCGAUGCCAGAACUCCGGUCCCCAGCGCCCAUAUUGGAAUUCCACCACAGGGGCAUGCCCUGAAGAUCGGGUCGU